AUUGUCUUCAUAGAUCCAAUUAUGAAAAAAUGUUCAGAAAAGGAAAAAAACGACACAGCAGCAGCAGCUCCCAAAGCAGUGAAAUCAGUACUAAAAGCAAGGUUUUGGGAUGAUCAGUUGAAUAUUCUGGAUUUUCCAAGGUGCCGUUUCACUCCUCUUGCACUGCUAUGUUAUUUCAAGCAUUGGUGACAAGCAUGUAGUUGUCAAUUUCUUCAAGUUAAGAUGCAGUACCAGAAAAGUCUGGACAUAACCUUAAGUCUGUAGAUUCCAGUCUUGGAGGACUUUCCAGGUCUAGUACUGUGGCUAGUCUAGAUACAGACUCCACAAAAAGUUCAGGACAAAGCAAUAGUAAUUCUGAUACAUGUGCAGAAUUCAGGGUUAAAUAUGUUGGUGCCAUUGAAAAGUUGAAAUGUAAUGAGAGCAAAAAUCUAGAAGGGCCACUGGACUUGAUAAACUACAUAGAUGUUGCCCAGAUGGAAAGUUACCUUUUGUUCCAGGUGAAGAGGAGUUUAUAAUGGGAGUUUCCAAAUACGGCAUUAAAGUUUCAACAUCUGAUCAGUAUGAUGUGUUACACAGGCAUGCCCUCUAUUUAAUCGUACGGAUGGUCUGCUAUGACGAUGGUCUGGGAGCAGGGAAGAGUUUACUGGCUUUGAAGACAACAGACGCAGCCUCUGAAGAAUGCAGCCUCUGGGUUUAUCAGUGCAAUAGUUUGGAACAAGCACAAGCUAUUUGCAAAGUGUUAUCUACAGCCUUUGAUUCAGUUUUAAUGUCAGAGAAGUCCUGAUUUUCUUCAGCAGCACAUAACCAUGUAGUACAAGAGGCUUUUGUGCGAGGAGGAAACGGGGCUCCUUUGUGAUACCACAGACUGGCUGUAGCCACACACAAACUUAGAAAAGACUUGCUGUGCAAAAAAGAGCCAUGCAACCUUGUACAUGGUACUUUGUCAUUCCCCAAACGUGACUUGAAGAAAUUACUCCACCUUCAGUUUCCAGGACUACAGAAGUUUGUAUUUAACAUGAUAUUUUUUUGCUACAUCUGUUUUGUAUAUUGAUGUCGAUAUUGUAAAAAUGUAAAAUAAAACUGACGCUUCUA